AUGGGUGUGCAGAUUCCAGAGAAGAAUGAGAGUUUGGGACAAGUGGGUCCUGGGGACUACUUGACCCUCAGUCAGCAGCUCAUCGGAUCCUAUGAUCCUCGGGCACUUCUGGGCUACGAGCUGUGGCUUGGCACAAAUGGGUUUCUGGACGAUGGUGACGGCGGCCCGUUCCAGAUGGCCUUCGAUGGCAAAGACAGGCGCUGGACGAACACGGCCACCCUCACGCUGACGCCGGGCCGCGACUACCGCGCCUUUGUGCGCGCGGUGAGUUUUGCGGGGCCAGGCAAUGCCAGCAACUUGCUGCACUUCAAGAUGGCCAUGCCGCUCCCAGCGCCCGCGCCACGCCUGAAGCGAGACCCCUUGGCGGUUUUGCACACUGUGAUUUUGUCUGUGACGUCGGUGUCUUUGAAGACGGCGAUGCUGAGAUGGACGGUGGGCAACUCCACGGCUGACGUCUUGCCGAUCACCCACUACAUCGUGCAGAUGGCAAUGGAGCCCACCUUCGACGCCUGGUUUGAUGUACCUAAUGCGCAUGCGGACAACACCGAGUACAGUCUCCUCAUCACGCAGCUGGAGCCAGACUUCAAAUACGCCACGCGCGUGCUGGCGGCCAGCAAGAAUGGCGUGGGCUUGCCCUCAGAGCCCUUCUACUUCUGGGCCGGUCUGCUGCCGUGGGACGGGCCCCAGCUCGUGACCCGCAUUGCCUCCGAUGAGGGUACCAUCCGAAUUCAGUGGGAUUUCCCCUCCGGAAAUCUGCUGGGCACUGGGACGCGCAUGGAGAACACCAAAGCGGACUGGGGCGUUCGAGGCUACAUGUGGGAUCCCAAGGAUCAGCCUACUUUGGUGUAUGACGGUUUCGGCAACCCCGACCAGGUGUUUUUCACCGUGGCAAAUGCGACCUGUGGUGCGCGCUACAAGAUCGGCAUGACUCUCAUCACCAUGAUCGGGGAAGGCCCGAUGUCCGCCAUCCUGGACGUGACGAAUGCCAGGCUGCCCGGGGUGCCGCGGAACGUGGUGGUCACCAACACCACCACCUCCAGCGUCUCUUUGGCCUGGGAGGAGCCGGAGGACACAGGCUGUGUGCCCAUCCACCAAUACCGCAUCCUUCGGUAUUUUGGAGACCAAGGCUUCCAGGUGGUGGGCUACGCGCAGGCAGCCAGCGGAACGCUGCAGAUCCCGGCUGCCAGGGACUAUGUGGACCAUGGCACUUGCUUCGUCCCGGACGGGGUCAUAGACGACGGCUCCUGCAAUUGCCCGCCAUCCUGUCUCACCACAGGCAAUCUCUACCGCUUCCAGGUGCAAGCGUGUGUGCUGGGCACCUACGGCGUGGAGACCCGUGAGCUGGCCGAGGCCCGCACAGGGCGCACCUUCCUUUUCUCCUCCGAGUCUGUGAACGAGGGGCAUCCGGACAAGAUCUGCGACCAGGUGUCCGAUGCAGUGCUGGAUGCAUGCUUGACAGUGGACCCAAAGAGCAAGGUGGCUUGCGAGACUGCGACCAAGGACAACAUGGUCAUGGUGGCAGGAGAGAUCACCACGCAGGCGAAGUUGGACUACGACAAGGUCGUGCGAGGAGUGGUGCAGCAGAUUGGCUUUGACAGCUUUGUGGACGACCUGUCGAGCGUUGACAGCAAGGGCUUGAGCCACAAGACCUGCGAGGUCUUCGUGCGCAUCAACAAGCAGAGCCCCGACAUCGCCGGCGGCGUCCACGUGGGCAAGGAGGACCUGGAUGUGGGCGCGGGCGACCAAGGCAUCAUGUUCGGGUAUGCCAGCGAUGAGACAUCCGACUGCAUGCCCCUGACUCACUCUAUGGCCACACGCCUCGGCAAGACACUGACGGACGUGCGCAAGAGCGGUGAGUGCUGGUGGCUGCGACCGGAUGGCAAGACCCAGGUGACCAUCGAGUACCUGCAGCACCCGGAUGGCUCGGUGGAGCCCAAGAAGAUCCAUACUGUGGUGAUCUCUACCCAGCACGCGGAGCCUUUGAAGGCAGUGCGAAGCAAGGAGUGUGCAGGCUACAAGGGGGCCGAGAUGACGGCGCCCAGCAUGGAACAAAUGAACAAGGAGAUCGAAGAGAAGGUGAUCAAGCGCACGCUGGAGUCCAUCACUCUAAAGAGCGGCAAGUCCGCCAUCACCCUGUACGGCAGCCACACCCACCUGCACAUCAACCCUUCAGGCAAGUUCAUCAUUGGAGGCCCUCAGGGUGAUGCAGGCCUCACCGGCCGCAAGAUCAUCAUCGACACCUACGGUGGCUGGGGUGCCCAUGGCGGCGGCGCUUUCUCGGGCAAGGACCCAACGAAGGUGGACCGAUCUGCGGCAUACAUUUGUCGCCAGAUGGCCAAGUCCGUGGUCAACAGCGGCCUCAGCGCUCGGUGCCUUGUGCAGCUGUCAUACGCCAUUGGCGUGGCGAAACCUUUGUCUCUCUUUGUGGAGACCUACGGCAGUGAGAAGGGGGAUCUGACGGUGAACGACAUCACCAACGUGCUGAAGAUCGAGUUCGACUGCCGGCCCGGCGCCAUCGCGCAGAGCUUGGCGUUGAGGGAGCCGAAGUACCAGGAGACCGCCGCCUACUGCCACUUCGGCCGGGAGCCGGUGACCAAGGCUGGCAUUAAGUUCUUCGAGUGGGAGAACGCCAAGGAUCUAUCCAAGUACAAGGCCAUGAAGAGUGUAGAGGUGGAGGCUGCCUUGAAGAGCUGCAACUAUUUGGCGAAGUGGGUGGACUGA